UGCACUGCACGGUUACCGGUAAGUGCCGAGUCUGUGGCCAAUGGGGACAAGAAACGGUCGGUUUGUGGGAACUAAUUGUGACAGAUCAUUCCAUUGCCGCAUCGCUGAGCUGUCCCUCAAGUGUUUGCACUCAACACACACCUCUAGCACACCCCCCUCUUGGUUAGCAGAUGGAGCAGUCCAAUAUAAUGUCCAAUGGUGGGUAUCAGAAGAUGCAGGUUAUUAUCGGAAAGUUGAAGAGAGCCGAACGACACGGUGUUGGCUGUGCAGCCGAGCGGGAACAAAUCGUGAAAACGCGAGCCCGUCUCGGAGACUCACUGGACAAAGUUGCUUGGCUCAUUUCAGUGGUUAGCAUUUGCUGCUGUACACCAGUUGACCUUGUCUUUGAUGUAACCAGGAGCUGGCAAUACACAAACGCUUUUCUUGGUCCAAUUAUCCCUACUUGUUGAGAGGUGUGCCUUUCGCUGGUUCCAAUUGAUUCAGUCCACUGAGUGUGGUUCACACUAUUAAAGAGUGAGAAGUAAAAGAUUUGAAAACAAAUCUUGUGGCUCCAUGGAUGAAAAGCUAAGUGAAACAGUGAAAUGACCACUGAAUAAUAAGGACAGUAAAAAACAUCAUCAAAUGCUAUAGAAAAUAACUGCAAAAUAGGCCAAAAGAAAAAGUUUCAUCUAACCCUGGGCCAGGUUGGCUCUGACUCAGCGGUUGAACGGCAGAGAGCAAUUUUAACAGAACACAGAUUAUAGGGAUUGAUUGAGGCAGCAACCCGCAGAGAGUCCGGAAUAUUUACCUGGAUCCAUACAAACCGGUGCAGAGGCUAACAAAAACAGCAGGGAAAAUUGAAGCCCCUGCACCCGAGGAAGUGUCCCUUGAGUCCAUUACCUUCGUUGCCUCCAUGGAUAAUCAGGACGGGAGCACUGGCACGACGCUGACGGUGUCGUCUAAGAUGACGGAAAAGAAGACGCGCUUCUCGUUUCGCCGCAGGUCCAUGAGAGACAACUCAGAGACAGCGGAUGGUCCCAAGCCUCAGAAUGUUUCCACAUACAUCAGUCAGAAGGAAGCAAUCACCAUUGACGAGGAACUCGUCUCCACCUACAGCUACAGCAUAGAGCAGCUGAUGGAGCUGGCGGGGCUGAGCUGUGCCACGGCCAUUGCCAAAGCCUAUCCCCUCAACAGCUUCACCAAGGCGGAGCCCACAGUUCUGGUGUGCUGUGGGCCUGGCAACAACGGCGGCGAUGGCCUGGUCUGUGCUAGACACCUCAAGCUGUUUGGCUAUCUGCCAUCGAUCUACUACCCCAAACACAAGGAUAUUGAGCUGUACAAGAACCUCAGCUUGCAGUGCAAGAACAUGGACAUCCCCUUCCUCUCCUAUCUCCCUUCCAGCAGCCUCAUCGACUUGAGUUACAACCUGGUCGUCGAUGGCAUAUUUGGCUUCAGCUUUUCCGGCCAGGCGAGGGCACCCUUUGACGACAUCAUCAAAACGCUGAAGAACAUCAUGAUUCCGCUGUGCAGUAUUGACGUUCCGUCAGGCUGGGAUGUUGAAAAAGGCAGUGAGGAUGGCCUCCAGCCAGAAUUCCUCAUCUCCCUUACUGCCCCCAAGAUGUGCGCUGAGCAUUUCAAGGGCAAGCACCACUACCUAGGGGGUCGCUUUGUGCCCCCUGAGCUGGCCCACAAGUACCAACUCUCCCUCCCUGAGUACCCGGGAACGGAGUGUGCAGUACAGUUAGUGUUAAAGUCUUCAGUAUAGGCUAGAUAAAUUGUACGUUGUCCAUCUAGGCAAAACUCUUUACAGUUUCUACUCAUUUGUAAUCUGCUUUGCUUCUUGAAAUUAAUGUACUGCCCUCACGUGGCAGCAACAGACUAAGAGAGCUCUCUAGUAGAUCAAAAUGGAGUAAAGAACAAUAUAUACUGUGGAGUAAGAAUAGAGUGUAAUGAAAUUUAGAAUUCCUCUCACUGUCGACUCUUCUGUGAUCCAAUUUCUUUUAGACCCAAAUAGAUUUCUUUCACUGUGCAUCCUCGUAAUUUCUUGCCAUGUGUUAGUUAACACACGACACAUAAUCAUUCUCUUCAGUUAUCUCUUCACAUUUUGGAGGAAAUUUCAUAAGCCCGAUAAGGGCAAGUGCUGAAAUGUUGAAUUCACCACCCAACAGUAGUAAAUAUGGUUGAGGUAUGACAUAUUAAAGCUUGAUUUUUUCAGUAGUUUUUUGCAGUAGGUUUCUUUUUUAAUUUGCAAAUACUGAUUGUGUAAUACUCCCAAGAUUUGAUCAAGGACAGCCAGUUAAUUUAGCGGUUGAUUUGCAGUGUACCUACCUUGAAGUGAGAAUGUCUCUAUCAAACUAUAUCUGCCACGAGCAGAAGUACCCCUCUCAUUGGUUGAAUAGAGCCGUGUUGGCCGGGAGUAUUUGUUUUGUGGGUUGUGAUGCAACUGCAACGCUUGCGUUUCCUGGUCAUUCGUGAACCAGCGAUGCGCAGUUAGUACCAAAGGAGUGUCCGUUGCUGAGGAAAUAGCGCCCUCUCUUGGUCCAGCUUGAGGCCCAUAGUCAGGUAACAUUAUGGUCUUGACCCAGUGCUUUAUCUUUUAAUGCACACGUCCUGAUAACCAACAAUGUGCAGGUCCCCAAUGUUCAACUACACUGGUUAACCAUCACCGACUUCCAUGCAUUUUGUCAGAGUUAUUAGUUGACCGUUAUCAUAAUAAGGAAAUAAAUAUGUGCUUUGCUGGUCUUAUACAUGUGUUUAAGAUUGGCUCUGGAGAAUGGACGUGGCUAAUGCCCGAGCCGCAGUCCAGCAGAGCUCAUAUUUAUACUCAUUCGUAAAUACCAUUUUAGUCAGACAGUUAAAAAAAGUCAACAUAUGAUGGAUUUCCAGUGAUUUUGUUCGGAAAUUUUACUUUCAAUUUCCGGAACACCUCCUUCCAUUUUUAUAGAAUAUUCCUUGUGCAGAUUAUCCAGUUGUUGUGAGCCACGUGCACACAGACUCUUGACCAAUCAGAAUCAAUUCAAA